AUGUAUUACCCUCCUCCUGGACCACCUCCGCCGGGGCCUCCGCCGGGGCCUCCUCCUCCAUGGGGGUAUCAACAACCUCCUCCCCAAUGGCCGCAAUCCCCGCACCCCCCGCCUCAGCCCUAUCACCAGCAGCCACCGCGGCCGCCGCAGCCCAACUACCGACAACAUCGCCAGCGUCCAUCCUAUUCGGGUCCCCCGCCAGGAGCUUAUCCGGGAGCAUCACCCUAUGGCCACACUCCUUCACCACAGCCUCCUUAUGGACACGCACCGUCUCCGCAGCCGCCCUAUGGCCAGCACCAUACGCCAUCUCCCCAGCCGGGACAUCGCCUGAACUUGAGUGUGAGCAGUCAGGGUACAGGACCACGCUCCAAUUCUCCGAAUCUGCCACCCAGGCCUCCACAGAACCUUCAGCAGUUCGGCCAUGGUGCACCAUCUAGUUACCAGUUCCAGUACUCGGCUUGUACCGGACGGCGGAAAGCCCUGCUCAUUGGCAUCAACUAUUUUGGCCAGGCUAAUAAGUUGAAUGGAUGUAUCAAUGAUGUCACUAAUAUGUCCAUCUUCUUGCACGAGCGCUUUGGGUAUCGGCGCGAAGAUAUGGUCAUUCUUACUGACGACCAGCGCAACCCCAUGAGUAUUCCGACCAAGAACAAUAUCCUUCGCGCCAUGCACUGGUUGGUCAAGGAUGCCCAACCUCAUGACUCCCUCUUCAUCCACUUCUCCGGCCAUGGUGGUCGUACCCCCGAUCUCGAUGGUGAUGAGGAUGACGGGUUCGACGAUGUGAUCUACCCGGUGGACUAUCAAUCUGCUGGACAUAUUGUCGACGACGACAUGCACGCUAUCAUGGUGCGGCCUCUGCGACCCGGUGUACGACUGACGGCCAUCUUCGACUCCUGCCACUCCGGCACGGCCCUGGAUCUGCCAUACGUAUACUCGACCCAAGGCAUCUUGAAGGAACCCAACCUGGCGAAGGAGGCCGCGCAAGACUUGUUCACGGUAUUCACUGCGUAUGGACAAGGAGAUCUAUCCAGUAUGGCAAGCACUGCCAUUGGGUUCUUCAAGAAAGCAGCAAACGGAGGCCAGGCGCGGGAACGGACCCUCCAGACCAAAACCUCGCCGGCCGAUGUGGUCAUGUUCUCCGGAUCCAAGGACACUCAGACAUCAGCGGACACCUUCCAGGACGGCCAGGCCAGGGGUGCCUUGAGCUGGGCCUUUAUUAAAUCGCUGCAACAAUGGCCCCAGCAGAGUUACCUGCAGUUGCUCAACACCAUUCGGGCGGAACUCGAUGGAAAAUAUACCCAGAAGCCACAGCUAAGCUGCAGCCAUCCCCUUGAUGUCAAUCUCCGCUUUGUGAUGUGA